GCGUUGCGCCGCUCAGCAGACGCGGGGUGUGCGAGACACACUUUCGAAUUUUCAAAAACAGUUUUUAGUGUUCCUCGGAGUGUCGAUAGUUACGGGAUGCCUUAGUGAUUAAAAAAUUGAAGGAUGGCUGGUUCGCGUGAAAGGCUGCUUUAUGACAGAAGAUCAGACUUGGACUACGAAUAUGAACGACGUCGUCGCUAUGAGAACCGUAUCGAAACUAACCGGCCAGAAAACCGGAUUCGAUACGACCGCUAUAGAGCAGAGCGCCCUCGCCGAAAUGGUUACGUAUAUGAAGACAUUUACUCCGACUUCGACGAAGCACAGGGUCGCUUAUCUCUCUUCCGGCCAAUCAGACCGGAGUAUCUGAACCUCCCUAAUGCAUAUACUAAAUACAACUCCCUACCACGAAACUAUUACAACGAAAGACGAUACAAAAAAGACUAUUACGACUUCAGAAUCGAGGAACGCCGCCCGCGCGAAUCUUAUGACUACCAGCGAAAACGCCGCACCGAGUUUGCGUCCAAACCAAAAAAUGUAGCCGUGUGCAAACCGCUCCGUUUACCGGAACAAAAUGUCCGCUAUUGGACCACAGAUUUCCCAAAAGAGAAGAAGAGGAAAGAUGAAACUAAGAAGAUAGUUAAAUUCUCAGAAGUAUCAGGGUGUCAGAAGAUGGUGGUAGAUGAUCCCAUCUGUGGGAAGAAAACGGUGGCAGCGAGAGAGUUGGAGGUUUCGUUGGAUCAAAUGAUACAGAAUGGAUAUUUCGAGAAGCAUAAUAUACCGAUAUUGAAGGAGAAGAAGGAUGAGAUAGUGGGCGCAAUGCCAAACGGAAAAUGCUUAACGGGGGAACCGCCGAGACCCGUCACACGCAAGUCUAGACAUCUACCUCAGGUAAUUGCAGCUUUAGCUGUUUCCCUAGCACCGUUCUCAGCAGGUUUGGGUAAAGGAUAUAGCUCCCCUGCCAUCGCAUCUCUGCAGGGUCCUGGAAACGCCACCAGACGGGACUUCCAGCUGACGGAUCAGCAGGCAUCUUGGCUUGCUUCCUUAUCUUUUCUUGGCGCCUUAUUCGGUGGUAUGGCAGGCGGUGCAGCGAUGAGGCACGGGCGGCGCCGCGUGCUCUCACUAGCUGCGGCACCUUGCAGCUUGUCAUGGCUGCUCACCGUCCUGGCCACGAGUGUCCGUAUGAUGUGCAUUACUGCCUUUUUGGGCGGGUUUUGCUGUUCCAUACUUACUAUGCUAUCUCAGGUGUACAUCAGUGAGAUAUCAGUCCCAGAUAUCCGUGGCUGCCUUAGCGCCGUACUAAAAGUCGUCGGACACCUCGGUGUUCUGUUCAGCUUCACCAUUGGAGCCUAUUUGGACUGGCAACAACUAGCACUUUGCAUAUCCGCCGCACCCUUACUUCUAUUCUGCACGGUUCUGUAUAUACCAGAGACGCCGAGCUAUCUCGUGCUCAUUGGAAAGGACGAAGAAGCCUAUAAAAGCCUUUUGUGGUUACGUGGUCCGAACUCGGACGUAGCACAGGAAUUGGCCACAAUUCGUACUAACGUUCUAGCAAGCAAAAACUUCAGUCAGCGCCAGAGUCAGAUGACAAGUAGCCAAUUAAUUAGUUCUCUAGACGUUAGGACGAUGAACCGUCUGCUUGGACCAAUCCUAGUGACCUGUGGUCUCAUGAUGUUCCAACGGUUUUCAGGCGCUCAUGCGUUUUCCUUCUACGCUGUCCCAAUUUUCAGGAAAACCUUCGGAGGUAUGAACCCGCACAGCGCAGCCAUCGCUGUAUCUUUUGUCCAGUUAUUAGCGUCCUGUCUUUCUGGUCUGCUGAUUGAUACUGUCGGUCGUCUUCCGCUACUCAUAGUCAGCUCUGUUCUAAUGUCAAUGGCUUUGGCUGGUUUUGGAAGCUAUGCGUAUUACGAGGAGGUUCACCGAAAUCAAAGAAUUCAGAAUGUAAUGUUCCAUCAAACAGUCGGACAAAAUGAUUGGAUUCCUUUAUUGUGUGUUCUGGUUUUCACCAUUGCUUUCUCCUUGGGUAUGAGUCCCAUCUCUUGGCUAUUAAUAAGUGAGCUAUUUCCUUUAGAAUACAGGGCGUUUGGAAGUGCUAUGGCGACAGCUUUUAGCUAUUUAUGUGCUUUUGUUGGUGUCAAAACGUUUGUGGACUUUCAGCAAGCUUUAGGUCUGUAUGGGGCUUUUUGGUUGUACGCCUCUAUAAGUGUUGGAGGACUCUGUUUUGUGGUUUGCUGCGUGCCGGAAACAAAAGGUAGGGAUCUGGAUGAAAUGGAUCCGAAUUAUGUUCAAAGUUUGUCUCCGAAGAGGUAAACAGAAAUAAGGACUGUAGUGGUAAGAUGGUUUUUGCUUUGUAUCCGGAGUGGGCACGUAAAAAAAAUCUCCAUAUCCUUUUAUUAUGCCCUAUUUGUUCUGUAGUAACAAUACUUCCAAAAGCUUUAAGUAUUAAAUCGUCGUAAAAGUGCUCACUCCGGAAAACGAAUGAAAAACAGUGGACCUUUUUUUAGUUUCAGCUUUAAUAUAACAUUUAAUUUGAAAUUUUUUUGUUUCACCUACACAAUUUAGUGUGUCGUAUCGACAACGUUAUAAACAUUUUUGGAACUCCGAACAUAAAAUCUAUUCUUGGCGAGAUUAUAAAAUUAAAACUGAAACUAGGUCCUGAAUGAAGAAUUUCGGCCAUUACUAAAAAAAAAUUAUACAAUAAAAUGUGUCCACUGCAAAAAUUUUGGCUGUGCUAAUACUGUCAUAAUUAUAUCCACUUAAUUAUUACCUACAGUUAUUAUUCCUACAUAUCCCUAGUCAUAUCUUGAUUCUAUACAUAUUCAAACGACAUGUACCUAAGUCUAUUUUAUACGCAAAUUAACUAGUGUCCUUACACAAUUCUAAUACGGCAGUUUUCAUACAAUUGCUAAUAUAAUUAUAUAUAUUAUAUUAUAUUAUUAAUUAUCUUCUAGUAGUUUAUUUUGUGUAUUAAUAUUUAGCGAUACACUCUGUAACAACAAUCCUGUGAAACUUCGUCACAUUAAUUCUACAAUGAUAGCAUUAGUUCUCGGUAGAAGUUUACAAGAAUCGUCAGAAGAGAUUUUUUUAGUAUUUUUCUGCUAAAAGUACAAACGUUUCGAGUAAAAUCUCGCCAAUUACCGAUGCCGAUUAG